AUAUAGAAACCUGCAAAAACUUCCUUCCCCAUUUCCAUAAUCCAUACGCGGAGAGCAAGAAGCAGCACAUACACGGUUGCUCAUAAAUUUCUAGAGUCUCUCUCUGGGACCGAGUGAAGAAAAAGUAUAGGAAAACCGCGUUUUCUUGGAAAACUCUAGCAUAUAUAUACAUAUCAAUUUCAUCCUUCACAUUUUGACCAUUCUUUGAUUUUUAUUCAAGAAAACACACCCCCUCCUUGCUUGUUCUCUUCAAAAAGGCCGAGCCCAGAUGGUUCAUUUCCGGUUACACGCCGGCGUUUUAUUCUUCACCGUUGUUGUUCUUUUCCCUUUACUUUGCUUCGGGAUUCGUUCAAUACCGUCGAGGGAGGGGAAUAGCGGUGCAGUUGAAGUGCUCAACGGGUUUCGAUUCGCUGAAGCGCCGGAGUAUCGUAACGGGAGAGACUGUCCUGUUUUAACAAGCAAUGGCCGGUUAGUCUCCUCCUGCGACCCUUCUUUAGUUCACAUAGCCAUGACUCUUGAUUCUGAGUAUCUACGAGGCUCAAUCGCUGCCGUCCACUCGGUCCUCAAACACGCUUCCUGCCCAGAAAGCAUCUUCUUUCACUUCAUUGCGGCAGAGUUCGACCCAGCAAGCCCGCGGGUCCUUUCCCAACUGGUGCGAUCCACUUUUCCAUCGCUGAAUUUCAAGGUCUAUAUAUUCAGAGAAGACACCGUAAUCAAUCUAAUCUCUUCUUCCAUCCGGCAAGCACUAGAAAACCCAUUAAACUACGCAAGAAACUAUCUGGGUGACAUGCUGGAUCUCUGCGUGGAUCGGGUCAUUUAUCUGGACUCUGAUGUCGUAGUUGUCGACGACAUACACAAGUUGUGGACCACAACGCUUAGUGGGGCUCGGGUGAUAGGGGCACCCGAGUAUUGCCACACAAAUCUCACCAAGUAUUUCACGGACGUGUUCUGGUCCGACCCGGUGAUGUCAGGGACGUUCACCUCGGCGAGGAGGAAGCCGUGUUACUUCAAUACUGGGGUGAUGGUGAUGGACUUGGUGAGGUGGAGAGAAGGGAAUUACAGGGGGAGGAUAGAGAAGUGGAUGGAGGUGCAAAGAAAGACAAGGAUAUACGAGUUGGGUUCACUGCCACCGUUUUUGCUAGUGUUUGCCGGGGAUGUGGAGGCAAUGGAUCAUCAGUGGAACCAGCAUGGGCUUGGCGGGGAUAACGUGAGAGGGACUUGCAGGUCAUUGCAUCCCGGUCCAGUCAGUUUGUUGCAUUGGAGUGGGAAAGGGAAGCCCUGGGUGAGACUUGAUGCUAAAAGACCAUGCAAGGUUGAUCAUCUGUGGGAGCCUUAUGAUUUGUUCAUCAGAAACAAUAAAGGUUAUUCCUAUUCUCGCAAUGAUCAUCGCCGGUCUUCAGGAUAAAACAGGGGCGGGUUCGUUCUUUUUCAAUUUUUUUUCUUUUUCUGGGGGGGUUUACUCACUUCCACAAAUUUUGAAGAAAUUCUAUUCUUUGAUAUACUUUUUGUGUACAGAUUAAAAGGUUGGAAUCGGGAUUGAGAUGGUUUGGGGGUUCAAUUCUUUUAUGUUAAUCUGUGAUGUUCUUUCCAUGUAGGAUUUCAAUUCAAUGUUUCUCAGGUUCCAGUGCUUAGAACAUUUUUGCUGGAUUUCAUUUUUUGUAUGUAAUUUAGCCAUUGAGAGAGGAAUAACAUACAGUUCAUUUUUUUCUUCAA